AUGUCUUCAGAACCGAACACUAUGAAUGUGUUUAUCCUCCGCUCCUUGGUUCACUACCUGGACGAACAAAACUGGGAGAAAGUAGAGAGCUCCCUCGAACCCACCAUCAACUACAAUGGGCAGCUACAAUCCGCGACCGAAUUUUUCAGCCAACAGAGCAAUCUUGUCGACCCAUCGAAUCGGCUUGAAAGGAAGUUUGACUCUGUAAUCCUUGACGGCAAUGGAGACAGUGUCGCUGCGCGAAUCAUCCAUUGUGUUGCCCUGCCAGAAUCCCCCGAGGCUGGAUUUGAAUUCCAAGAGAUUGUGUUCGCAUGGUUUGCCAAUAACCGCCUAUCAAGAUGGCAGGCUUUGCGAGACGAAGAUGGCUUUCAGGCUCGACAUGCAACAGUGUACAAAACUCCUCACGAGUCCUAUACAGGCCGUGUGCCGUCUCCAGAUGCGUCAUUGGACUUGGAAGAGCAUUAUCGGGCGUACAUCAACAGCAUCAACCGAAAGACGAUGGAUAGCGAUUUUGCGCACUUUUGUCAGCCAGAGCUAGAGCACAAUGGUCGGAAACUCAGUAUCUCCGAGUACAUUCCUCUUAUCAGUGACAGUCAAAGUUGUAUCCAGGGGUUGUCUUUUCACGUCCAAGAACUCCUAGUUGACAACCGCACCCAGCAGAUUGCUGCAAGAUUGGAAUUCACCGGUACACCAGUGAAGGAGUGGGGAGGGCCGAAGCCAAAUGGCAAGCCGGUUCAUUUCCAUGAACAGGUCAUGUAUCAGUUAAACGAGGGAAAAAUCGUCCGUGUGUGGUCCGUUGUUGAGCUCGAUGCAUACCGCAAACAGCUUAGUUAG